AUGGCAACCCUAACCCGUACUCAAAUCAUCUCUAACACCAAAAUUUCCAUGCACGUUCUAGAUGCACUGAAAUCUCAAUACACCACCUUAGCAUCCCACCAAGCCAGCAAAGCAAACCCCUUCAAGUUGGAGAUUCUAACCAAAAACUUGGCAAACAUCGAACUUGGCUUGGAUGAAGCCCACCUAAUCACCACCCUGGCCACGAUGCUUCAAUCGCUGGAGAUCGAAAAAGAACGACUGCGUCUGCAGGUUAAACGCCUGCACCAGGAAAGUGCCUGGCUGCGGGAAGAACUCUCAAGUGCUCAGAAAAGGCUGCAGACUUCAGAGGAGGAAGUUAUCCAGCUUCAGGAGGACAAGAAACAUCUGGAGUUUACGCUGUCUUUGAAGAAGUACGAAGACAACGAGGAUCACCCACUGGAGAAGUCCCACGUGGAUUUGAUAGAAGAGCUUUUCACGGAAGACUGUUCCGACGGGAGAUCGCCAACCCCGCCGAGUCAGUACAGCGGGUACGAGACACCUCCGAGGUUGCGAACGCUGUACAACUUGGUCAUUGAGUACGCGUCGCAAGGGCGGUACGAAGUCGCUGUUCCGUUGUGUCAGCAAGCCCUGGACGAUCUGGAGAAGACCAGCGGACAUAACCACCCGGACGUUGCGACGAUGCUUAACAUUCUUGCCUUGGUGUAUCGUGAUCAGGAGAAGUACCGCGAGGCGGUGAAACUGUUGAUCGACGCACUGGCGAUUCGAGAGAAAGUUCUAGGUGAGAACCAUCCUGCUGUGGCAGCCACCCUGAACAACCUCGCCGUCUUGUAUGGAAAAUGUGGCAAGUACAAGGACGCUGAACCACUCUGUCGGAGGGCUCUCAUCAUCAGACGGAACGUGCUCGGGGAAGAUCAUCCAGAUGUAGCGAAGCAGCUCACCAACCUGGCACUUAUUUGUGAAAACCUCCAAAAGUACACCGAGGUUGAGAAGUUCUAUCGGAAAGCUCUGGAAAUCUACGAAGCAAAGCUCGGUCCGGAAGAUCCGAACGUAAACAAAACCAAACACAACCUGGGAAAUUGCUACGUGAAGCUCGGCGAAUACCAGAAAGCCGAAGCCCUGUACAAUCAAAUCCUGACGAAUGCCCCACCAAUCACACCUACCAAGGAAAACCAAGAAUCCCCGAAGCCAGGCAAAAGUAGUGAAGCUCCGGCAAACAGCCAACAGCAAAAAGAACAAAGUCCUGCCUACCGAGAGUACGGCGACUGGCACAAGGCAGCGCCGGCGGACUCUCCGACGGUGGCGAAAACGCUCAAGAAGCUGCGGGCGCUGCGCAAGAAGCAAGCGGUGAUGCUCGACUCGACGGACUCGCUCAAGGACUGUGCCCUGCGCAGCAAGAAGAAGGCGCUGGAGCUGGUAGCACGGGCGAAGGCGAUGCGGCAUAGUACGGGGAGUUUUUUGUAGA